AUGCUCCCCGACGACCUCCUCGAUGGCGAUCCGACUAAACGCGUAAUUACAUAUCUGGCUGUAAAACAGAAUUAUUCGGAGAAGAACCGCAUGGAUAUCAUAAAAACGCGAUCAAUCGCCCGCCAUUUUCAUAGAACCAAAGCUCAAUACAUAUACAUUUGGCUUUUCAGCACGUUUUAUAACACCCCUCCGGUAGUGCAUGAUAGCGACCUCUCGGUUGACUCAUUGACUCCAUACGAAAAACGACCUCUAAGACUUUAA